AAGUGGUGGAGUGCGAAUGGGGACGAAAUUGGGGGAGCUGAUGGCUAGACCGUGUAUUCUUAGAUCAUGGUUGUUUCCUUUUACAUGGCUCUACUUCGAGUUUAAUCACAAAAAUUUUUACAAACGGGUUCAAAAUGAAGUUAACUCAUUGCUCGCAUUGCAGUGUUUCGCGUAUAAUAAUUUGGAUAAUUAAUAAUCGCUUAAUUUCGUCUUUUGUAAAACCGUAGUGAUUAAUUGUAACCUCAAAGUUGUUGAAUUGGUGAAUUUCCGUAACACUAUUUUCAAGGUAUACGUAAUACAGCAAUAUUGAAAUAUUAAGAUGGCUUUUUCAUUUCGUGUGGGUACAAAUUGGUGCCAUGACUUUCCAAAACUAGCCAGAGAAUCUGGAUUUUAUUUUAAUAUGCAUAGGAAUAAAGUACGAGUAGACUGGAAUCGAAUUUGUUCUAUAGACGUAGAUAGAGUAAUAAGAGAACGAGAUUUUUCAACAGUAGACGAAAAUGUGAAUAACGUUAUAGAUUACUCUCUGGAACGCGAGUACGAUGUGAAAAUUCUAGAUCCCAAUUUCGUAAAGUUGUUUCGGCUUGCUCAACUUGCCGUCGAAUAUUUAUUAUACUGCAAACAGUAUUUAGAUCAAAGUGUUAUAAUCUUGAAGGAAGAAUUAAAGACGAAAAUCGAAGAAAAUAAUAAAUUAAGGGAGCAAGUAACCACUGCUGACGACCAUAUAAAAAUCUUGAAAGAAAAGUUAAAAGAUAAAGAUAGAAUGUUGGAAACAAAGAUUGUUAAUUCACAUGGUGAAAUUCAUAAGUGUCCUCAUUGUCCAAAGACGUUCAUAUCCGCAAUGUUCGUUUGUGCACACAUAUCUCGUCGACAUCCAACUUUAUCAGAGGCUUUUACAACCUCUUCGCCUGUUCAAGAAGAAUAUCGUGCAGAGACUGAAAAACUGCAUAACGAAAUUAAAACAUUGAAAGAAAGAUUGAACCAAACGGAGAGAGUAAUUAGGAAUGAAUCAAAUAAAGCUUCUCUGAAUGUUUCUACGAGUAAUGGCUUCAAACACAGUGAAUUCAACAGUUUGGAACAGAGAAAUGAUAAUAACCAAGAUUUCAGAAUGGAAGAACAGCACAAGAGAUAUCAAGAAGAAAUAAGCAGUUUGAAGAUAUUGCUUUUUAGUGAACUUAGAAACUUAAAACAAACUGGUCUCAAGGAUAUUGGGUUUCAUGGAUUAUACGAUAAUGACAAUGUAAAUAUUAAAGAAUUGAUUCGACAGCAGGAGAACGAAAUUCAGAAGUUAGGAAAUCAAGUGCAUGAUAAUGUAACGUCAGAUUUGGAAAGUAUAUAUGGCAAACUUCUCAAACAAGAUGAAUAUUGGAAGAUAAAAUUAGAACAUCUAGAAAGCCAGCAUCACGCAGAUAUAGAGAAUGUAAUUGCACAAUUAAAAUUGACUCAAGAAACAGCAAAUCGAAUGACACGGGAUUACGAAUCUAAAAUUAACGACUUACAAAAUCAAUGUAUAUGCCAAUCUCAAAUAUUUACUGCCCAAAACGAGCAUUUGAGCCACAUGUCGCGAGGAGUUCAAGAUGCGCAUUCGCGGGAUCAUUCUGAAUGCAAACGCAGUUCAGCUUUAAAAUAUGCCAAACAUAAGUAUUCCAAAAGUUCCAUUCCAAGUAAUAUUCCAGAGAGCUGUAAAAAAAUUAAAAUGGUUUUGAAAGGUUUCAACGAAAAGGAAAGUUCAAAAAAGGCUAAGAAAGCAGAACUCAUAUUUGAAUAUCUUGACAGUGUACCUAGUCAAGAACAAAAAAAACCUCUUCAGGAAGAUUCGUCUCAGAUAGAAUAUUUUUCAUCUGAGAAUUUAUAUUCGAGAGCUCCCGAGAAGAAAACAUCUGAAAUUAAAAUACAGAACAAAAUGAAAAAGUCGUUUGAAAGUGGAUUUGUCACAGUUCAGGAUUUUAAUUCAGUCUUAAAGUCAGCUUUAAAUGAAGGAAAUCUGGAUAGAAAAUUACUUUCUGAAGAAUACAGCGAAGACACAAUCGACCUUUCAGAAUUUAGAGACGAUAAGUUUCACCGGAGCAGUAUGAAUAAAAAUAAUUUGGAGAAGUUUCACUCUCAGGCAACAAAAUCAAAUCAGUCCGAGGAAAGUGAAUUGAGUAGCGAAAAAGAAAGUGAGCCUGUAAAAUCAGUGUCGGAAACCGAAGAAUUGUCUUCUGAGAGCUUGUACGAGAAUCCUGAACCUGAUAAAUUUAAGUCUCCAAUUUCCAAGAAGUUUAAUAAGAAAAUUCAACACGAAAAUCCUUUGGCACUGAACGAACAGAAAAAUAAUUUGAAGAACAAUUUUGGUGAUCAGUUACGAAAAUUGGGCAUUGAUCCUGAAUGGAACGGAAUUCCAAAUGCGACAUACAAAGAAAAAUUUGAAAUUUUAAAACACCAGAAAAAAUUAAAUUCUAAGAAAUUCUUGGCUUACGAGGAAAUUAGCAAGAAACUAUUAUCUGACGUUUCUAAAAAGUUGUCUUUGAGGCAAAACCAGCCUAAGAAAUAUGAGUCUGCAAAAAUACCCCUCAUCAACAGAAUGAUAAGUAACGUCAAGUCGAGAACAAUAAAAGCUCUAAAGAUACGGAAAUCUCUUGAAACUGAAACGCCAGUGAUGCGAUCUAGAAACUCAACACCAGAAAAAACUCAUGCAAAACAACAAUUUGGUAUGGAUAUCUUGCGGAGAAAAUUAAGCGAAUUCGACAUACGAGAACUUAAAAGAGACAAAGGAAACUGGCCAUUAAAAGAAAGAAGAAUGGAAUCACAAAACGAUUCAAGGUCAACUCCAACUCGUAGGCGAAGUUCCAUCGAUACAGACCAAAUAAUCAAUGGUACAAUUCAAAAUACAAAGAAUUUUAUGGAUUCAAAUAUAAGUUUAAAAAAAUUAUCGCAUUCUUACGAAAGUACUGAAGAUUUUUUUGAACAAACAAAUGAAGAAUAUCGAAAAUCAAAUCCCACUCUCGACAUGACGAGUGCGAAAGUAACCUCUACGCCGAAUAGGAAUUUGAAUAACAUUAUGCAAGACUCGUAUUUCAUUGAUAUGAACUUACAGGAAACAAUUCGCAGUUUUUCAAUGUCUCCAAAAAAUAACAAAAGUGUUUUAAAGUCAGCUACUGGAUCAGUUGGGAGUAUGGUUAAAAAGAAAGUUAUUUUUGACCUGAAAAACAGUCCCGACAAAGAUUCAAUGCAAAUCAGAUCUUUGGGCGAGAUUUUGACUGAACAUGAUCCGGAAAGGAAAAAAUUUAACGAUAGUGACUGGAAUAUUUCAAGCAUAUCUGACAAGAAAGAUCAGACAUUCGAGAAUGAGAAAUCAAAAAGCAUGGAUAAUAUUUUUCUGAAGACGUCACAGAACGAUAAAAUUGCACAAAUAUCAAAGAGGAUUGAGAAGCAGCUGAGCAUCGCACGAAAGAAGCCUGUGGGAUCAAUAGAGACAAUGUUUAUAGCCAAGUCUCCCUACGAAUCGUUCAAUCAACAGGACCAAAUGUAUAAAAACACCAGCGCAACAAAUUCAAUUUGGAAAAAUGCCGGACGUCCUUUCGAGGAUAAAUAUAAUAUAGAUAACAAAGAACCACAAGUUGCUCUAAGUACUUCAAAGAAAAAAGAUUCCAAUGCUUUUAUAUCAUCUAAAAAACUGCCUUGUACCAAAGAUUUCGAUUUAGAUAUAGAUAUUAAUGAACUGCUAGAAAUAGAGUUAUCACUGUAGCAAAAUAAGCAUGUAUACUUUCGUAAUAAUGCAGUAUUAAUUAUUGUUAUAUUUUAUUUAUAAUUAAUAUUAUUUAAUUUUGAACAGCAUUUUAUUAUUUAUUUGUAGCAUUCAUUUCCGCUUGCCAAAACUAUGUCUUCUUACAUUAUUUAUACUUUUAAGUUGUGGCGUUCAUUUCCGCUUGCCAAAACUAUGCCUUCUUACAUGAUUUAUACUUUCAAGUUGUCUUUAGUCUUAUAUGUGUGACGAAGAUUCAUUAGACAUAAACUCAGUAUUAAUAGUA